UUUGAUAUAUGGCGUCAAGAGAAAGAAAUGCCCCGGCUUAUCACACUUUGCAAGGAGCUGGAUGAUAAGCUGGCUGGAGGCAUCGUUGCGGGAUUGAUUACAGAAUUUUGCGGCGGACCUGGUUGUGGUAAAACACAAAUGUGUUUGCAACUGUGUAUUAAUGUACAAUUUCCUCGGACAGUCGGUGGACUUCAAGGUAAAGCAGUUUAUCUGGACACGAAUCAGGACUUCAGUCCCACACGUUUGCUAGAAAUGGCCGUUUGCACAGAGAAGCGCUUCCACCGAACCUUACAUAAAACCGAUAUCCAUACUCAUGCCCAAAAUUCUUUCACAGCUAAUUCUAUAAUGAAUGGUGUUACAUAUAUUUACUGUCAAGGCUUUUUAAUGCUACAGGCUGCCGUAAAGAAAUUGCAUGAAAUGUUAAUGGAGGAUAAAGAGAUCAAACUAAUCGUCAUUGAUUCGUUCUCUUUUCCACUGCGUGUGAUUGAGGAAGUUUCCGAACGUACAGGAAUACUUUAUACCUUAUUGAGCGAGUUGCAACACUUAGCAGUGGAGUACAAACUCAUUGUAAGUAGAUCUCGCUUUCUAUUUUGGUCUUUAAAUAAUUGAAUCAGUUUUAAAUGCAUACUUGGACUUUUGUGUGCGUAGCCGUAGCCGAGUGGUUAUGGGUGCGCAAUACCACACGGCAGGAUCCAGGUUCGAUUCGUGGUCCAAAUGUACUUCAGAAAUUGGAGGAGAAACUCGACAAAAUACCUAGUAAAAUAUGAGCGACCAAUAUU